GCUAAAUAAGCAAGUCUAGCGAAUACAAUUAUCUAGUAAACGUUGGAUAUAAGUAUGAAGCCUAAUUUUGUGGUCGGAGAACGCGUGCUUUGCUAUGAGCCAGACAAAUCGAAAGCAAAAGUUCUGUAUGACGCAAAGGUUCUUGAUGCUGACUAUAUAAAGGAUGGAAAAUCGAAGAAGGAACCAGAAUACAAGAUUCAUUUCCAGGGUUGGAACAGUGCAUGGGACCGAUGGGCUAACGAAAGUUAUGUCUUAAAAAAUACAGAAGAAAAUCGAAAAUUGCAAAGAAAACUUGCGCGACAGGCCUUACGGCAGUUGAAAGGAAGGAAAAAGGUUCAUCUUCCCGGUGUUGCAAAUAUUUUAAAAUCAGCUCCUGAAAAAGAAGUCUCUUCACUGGAGCAAGAUAAUAAGAUGAUAACUAAGGAAAACAUGCUAGUUGGCUUACCAGCUAAGCUUAACGUGGUGCAAAUUUUGGAAAAUUACAUAAAAUAUUUUGCGAUCACUCAUGCUCGACUGCCUUCAUCUGAGAAGCAGACGUCUGCCGAUAUCCCACCAGAGAAAAAUUUGAAUCUUUGCAAAGAGACUUGUGAAGAUCUUCGGAUCCUUUUUGAUUUCUCUCUUCCUCUCAUCUUGCUCUACUUCUCGGAGCAAUCCCAGUGCAUCCAGAUGGUGGAAAACGGGAUCCUUGUUGAUGAUCAACAUCCAAAUUUGAGAUCAGAUUAUCAAAAAUCAGAAGAAAAUGUGGAAAAAUUGGAUAAUUCCGAAAUUUCCGGCAAUCCAGAAACAAUUGAACCAAUUAAAACUCCUUCAACAUCGGAACCAGAAGCAGGUUUUGUGAAGAUGGUUCCCGCUAAACCAUCCACUGUUGAUGUGUCAAAGCAACUGAUAAAAUAUACCAAAAUAUCUGGACACAGGAAAACAGCAGAGGAGCAAAUAAUUGAGGAAACCCACACCUACCUUAUUCCAGACCAACCUAAACUGGAUCGAACUGGUUUGUCCAGUGAUGCUCAAGGUCGUAGAAGGUCAAGCCGGUUGUCUCACCACCUCCACUCCCCAAAUACAAGCGAUGAAAUGAUCUCCCCUCCCAUUUCACCACAACCUGCAACAGACAAGCGAAGAAGGACUGUAGUACCUCUUCCCCAUCAAAUCCCUAUCCCGAUGAAAAUGAUCGUUUUUCUUCGUUCCCCUGCCUCCCACCAACACGGAAGAUCAGAUGUUCCCCCAUCUUUCCCUAAGCUCUUCAAGGAAGGAGGAAGGUACUCGUGUUCUUCUCCUGACAUUAACCUGCGGGAACUUUGCCGGGAAGCUUUCAUAGCUUCAGCAGGAAACGACGUCAAAAAAGCGUUGCAUCUUUCACAGGUUUGGAGGUUUAGUUUAUUUGCCAGCGAUUAUCAACCGGAAGAUGGCAGUAAUGUGCCGUGUUCGCUGAUCUACGGGAUUCAACACUUUUUACGCGUUUUCGUGAAACUCCCAGAAAUAUUCGCUCGCAUGGACAUACGCGACCACAAGCUGAAGAUCAUCGCUAAGCAUAUUCAGCUCCUACUUCGGUUUGUAGCCGACCAUGAGAAAGAAAUAUACAACUUGAGCUCUUCCUACACAGCCAACGACGAAGCAAAGCGAUUGUGAAGCGUUUUAUUAAAAUAUCGCAAACGAAAUUAAAAUAGCAUCACUACCAUAAAGGUGCCAACGUUUAUGUUUUGACACAAAAAAUCAUAAUAUAUUUUGAAACUCAAAAUUAUUUUAGAUGCUACUAAAACUUUUGUAAUCUAUAAGUUCGGUCAAUACAAUCGUUUG